AUGGCUGACUUUGACACAAUUCUGAAGUUUUGGGCUCCAGUAGAGGCGGACUAUAACACAUAUGGAGAGCUGGUUCUAAUUCGCUUAUUCACUGAGCACCCUGAGACCCGGGAGUUGUUCCCUAAAUUUGCAGGAAUUGCUCAAACUGACCUUACUGGAAACCCGGCUAUUUCUGCCCAUGGUGUCACAGUGCUGAAGAAACUGGGGGAUCUGCUGAAGGCUAAAGGCAAUCAUGCUGCGAUCCUCAAGCCACUAUCCAAGAGCCACGCCUUGAAACACAAGAUAGCUCUCGUAAACUAUAAGCUGAUCACAGAAGUCAUCGCGAAGGUCCUGGAGGAGAAGGCCGGACUCGACAGUGCAGGGAAACAGGCUUUGAAUAACGUGAUGGACGUGGUAAUCGCUGACAUUGCCACGGACUAUAAAGAGCUGGGCUUCGCAGACUUAUGUUAG